AUGACCACCGACCGCCUCGGCACAUCGGGCAGCUCGUCGUCUCGGCCGUCCCGCGCUGCCACAUCUUCACUCCACCCUUCCGACGCGCCCCGAUUCCGGCCGCGGGCUUGUGCCAAAUGCAGCAGCUCGAAACUCAGGUGCAACUGGUUGUCGGAACCUGGAGAAGCGCCAUGUGAGAGAUGCGCACGCAUGAAGACAGAAUGCCUCCUUCCGAGUCUCAAGCCCCGAGGGCCACGACGAGGGAACCCAACCCGCGUCGGCCAACUGGAACAAAAGCUGGACGGCAUCAUGUCGCUGCUUACUGCUAGCCAGCAUGUCCAGCCAACAGCACCUGCAGCUCUGUCCGCAUCGACGGCCACUCUGACCGCCACGGACACGCCCCCCAACGCACACGACUCGCCAGCAUCUGUUUCAACACGAGGUGGUUCCACCUCUGCGCCCUCACCGGACUCGUCUCGCUCACAUGCAUCCCAAGCGCACGCGCAUUCCCAACUGCCGCAUCGCCACGCUGGCAGCGGCACGGCGACGCCCGUCACAUCAACCACCUCAUCGCCUGGAUCCUCUCUUCCCCCACCGCCGCGUGUACAACAGCCGCACCAAGACCAACCUCCUCCGCUGUAUCCACCGCCACAGGGGGAUCUGCUCCCGUCUCUGGCAAAUGUGCUGGGCACACAGAACCCGCUCACCCACCCGCCCACACACGUCGAAGUGCUCCCCGGCCUCAAGGUCACGUUUCGUGAUGCCGACCUUGCCCUCGACGAGUACCGACGCACCUACUCCCCGCAUUUCCCCUUUGUGCCCUUGGCUGCCAACCUGACUGCAUUUGAACUCUACCAGGCAGAGCCCUUGCUGUUCAAGAUCAUCCUGCAGGUCGUCCUCCCGCAGCCGCCGCAGAUGCAGCGCGACGCCAAGCGCUGGUUCCGCGAGCAGAUUGCGCUGCACGUCGUCACCAACGAGGAAAAGAGCGUGUCCCUCUUGCAGGCCAUCCUGCUGUACGUGGCCUGGUCGGACCUGGGCUUCUACGUGGAUCCCAGGGUGACGCCUCUGCUGCAGCUGGCCGCCGGGCUCGUGAGCGAUCUGGGGCUGUGCCGUCCUAUGCACCACGACCGGAGCGUGACGCUCAAUGCGUUCAUUGCCGACGCCACGACGGCCCUGUGCGGCUUUGGCCACGUCCGUCCGCCGCACACGCUCGAGGGCAUCCGGGCCAUGCUGGGCUGCUACUAUGUCUGUGCCCUGUCGGGCUCCUUUUUCCGCCGGAUCCACCCGCUCCCCUUUACCGCCUACAUGGACGACUGCUGCGACCGGCUGCUGGCGGCCAACGAGCAUGCGUCCGAUGCGCUGGCCGUGGCCCUGGCCCGCAUGCAGCGCGUGGCGGCGCGCGUCUAUGCCGUCCUGCCCAGCCCGGACGUGGACGCCCCGCCCGCGUUGGCGUUUGCGCCGGUGUACAUGGCCAUGGCGACGCUGCGCAAGGAGCUGGACCAGCUGGUGCAUGGCAUGCCGAGGGAUGAUGGGCGCGGAGGAGGAGGUGACGGGGACGCUGGCGAUGCUCGGGACGGUGGGCUGCCGGCCCACGUGCGCAGCAACUGUUUUCUGUGGACACACUACCACGCCACCCUGGUGCGUCUGUACGAGCCGGCCAUCUUUUUGCGGCUGCGGACGGCCUCGUCGUCCGCCAUUGACCUGGCCGACACGGGCCUGCGGACCGAGGCGCUGUGGAACUGCCUGCAGGCCACGCGGGACUUUUUCGACGCGUACACGGCCAUCCCGCCGGACGUUUUGGGCGUCUUGCCUCUGCUCGGCACCGUCCACCUUUCGUUUGGCAUCGUCACGCUGACCCGGCUGCUGUCCCUCGAUGCGCCCGAGUGGCACAUUGGCCAGGCCCGCCUCAGCCUGGAUUUUGUCGCCCUGGCCUUGCGGCUGGAACGGCUCUUCCAGGCGGCCGACGAGUUCGAAGCCACACCACCCGGCACGGCCGCGCCGCCCAGUAUCCCCCGCAAACGGCGAUACGCCUACUAUGACUCCCGCACCAUCCUGGCCACGCACCGCGACAAGAUGCGCUGGAUCCGCAUUUGGUACACCACCAAGAUGCCGCCCGACCCGCACCAGGUGCCGCCGCCGUGGACGGCGGCAUCGCACCGAGCGGCCCCCCAUAAAAUGCCCUGGUCGGCCGAGUCGGCUGCCGCUGUGGCAUCGGCGCCCCCUGCGGCUGUUGCGUCUCCACUGCCGUAUCCGUUUUCAGGGCCGGAGAACCAGGGACAGGUGCCCCAAACGAUGCAGUCAGCACAAUCACAAGCCACGACCAACGUGAUGGACGUCGACACAGACAAUGCCGCGGCCAGCCACGGCAGCAGAAAUAGCAACAGCAACACCCCCAACGAACGGCUGGUCGUCUCACCCGGUGCCAUGAAUAUCCCGCUAGAAGAGUUUGACAGCAACUUUUGGAAGGCCAUCUUUGACCUGGACAACACAUGGGAGCCAAUGGCGCAGUGA